AUGGGCUCCAUCAAUGAUGACCAGAGGCCGAUGCUCUGGGGCGUGAACAGCCUCUUCAUUGCCAUUGCUACGCUUGGCGUUGUUGGCCGAGUGGCUGCAAGACUGCUGAAGAAACUGCCAUUUGGUCUGGAUGACUGGGCCAUCUGUGUGGCUCUCGCGUGGGAUUGGGCGCUUUACGGGAUUUUCACCAGAUGUGCCAAAGUUGGACUCGGCAAGCACCGCGACGCGGUAGGAGAAGCCAACGUCGCCGCCUUCCAGAAACUCCUCUACUUCUUCCAGCUCUUCUACAUCCUCGGCCCGCCGACCAUCAAGCUGUCCCUGCUGUUUCUCUACAGACGUAUCUUCACGUCACCCAAGUUCCUGCGCAUAAUUUACGGCCUCGGUGCACUGAUCGCGGUAUGGCUGAUCGUCUCGGUGUUCCUCGCGAUCUUCGACUGCGUUCCUAUCCACUCAUUCUGGACGGGCGGCGGCAAAUGCCUCGACUUUAAGAAAUUCGGCAUCGGGUACGCGAUUGUUAAUAUCGUGACGGAUAUUGCCGUCUGGCUACUGCCAAUCCCCAUGAUCUGGGAUGUGCAGCUCCGGGUCGGACAGAAGAUCGCACUAUCGCUGAUUUUCUUGCUGGGUCUAUUUGACUGCGCCGCAGCCUUUACCCGACUAAUGACCUCGAUGCUGGUCCUGGGAGAAUACGACGUGAUGUGGGUAUACUCACGAGCGAUCUUGUGGUCCAUCAUCGAGAUCUCUAUCGGCAUCCUCUGCACAUGUCUGCCCACGAUGCGAGUCGUGUUCGCAUCGCUCUUCAGCAAGAAAAUUGCGCGGGCCCUGGGGCUCUCUAGCGGGGGCACCAACCUCCCCAAGUCCCACAGCCGGCCGUGGAUGCGAUCCACGCAAUACAGCGAGCUCGAGAGCUCGGGCGCGAACGUGUCGAGAUCGGCGACUCACGACCCGCUGAGUUCCUCGCAUCACAUUCAGGUGCGCGAGGAUGUCAAGGUUGAACUGCAACCGAUACCGCCCACUGGCAAGCCAAAUUAA